AUGACCGUUUCAGAGUAUGUGCAGAAGUUUCAAUCCUUGUCUCGUUUCGCUCCGGAGUUGGUGGCAACGGAGGAAAGGAAGUGCCGACGGUUUGAAAAGGGGUUGCAUAACAUUGUGAGAAGAAUGGUGACGGUCCAAUGUAAAAUGAAGUUUUCUGAAGUGGUGGAGUGCGCGAGAAGUAUUGAAAUACCAAAGGAAGCUCAACGAAAUGCAAGGGCAUGGGAACCAAGGUGUAACCAACCCGGGCACGUCCGUACUCAGUGCCCUCAGCUUCCUAAGGCGUGCUAUAAUUGCGGUAAGACGGAUCAUAUUGCUUGGAAUUGCCCUCAAGGGGCGGGAGCGCGUAGUGAGUCAGGCUCGGUACAACAAUCGAGGGCAGGGCGUGGUGUUGACCACCAGUCUUUCAGGGGUACUCAGAGGCAGCAGCCUCAUUUCCGCCAGACAUCGUCAGUUCAGAAUUCUGGGGUUGACCGUGGAGCGAGUCCAUCCGCACCUUCUCAAGGUUCCAGUCAUAGAGGAGGUUUUGUGCAGGGUCAGGGUACCCAGGGGCGUGUUUUCAACAUCAACACCAAUGCUUCACCUUCCGUUUCUCAGGCUCCAGAGACAUUUGUUGUAAAGGGUACUUUUCUUCUAUUCAACUCUUUUGCUAGAGUACUCUUUGAUUCUGGAGCAUCGCAUUCUUUCAUUGCUAUGUCAUUUGUGUAUGCAUUGGAGUUGGACGCCGAGGAUCUUGAUUCGCCUUUGUUUGUUAAGACACCAUUAGGGGGACAGUCAUCUCUAAAUCGUAUCUGUAAGGAGUGCGAACUCGUUAUUUGUGACCGUCGCUUUGUUUUUGACUUUAUCGUUUUAGACAUGUCGGUUUUCGACCUCAUUCUUGGAAUGGAUUGGUUGUCUACAUUCCAUGCUACGAUUGAUUGUUUCAAGUGUCGUGUUCGCAUAUGUCUGCCUGAGGGUGUUUGUUUCGAAUUCCAUGGGAACGUCGAGAACUGUUAG